CAAGACGGGGGAGAGCGCGGCUGAUCACAGGCUGUUAACAAGAGGCAGCGAAUGGGAAUGGGAGAGAGGUGGAGGAGCCUCAACAUCUGAAAGUUUUAAACCUGUGAUCGCUGUAGGUGAUGCGAGGCAAGACUGGGGGAUCCUCCAACAUGUGGAAGGAAAACAAAUUCCACAUCACGGACUGCUUCAGACAGAGACAGAUUUAGGAUUAACCGCUGAAGGAGGGCAUUUUUUGUCACGUUCUUAUUUGCGGAGGGCGGAAAAUAUAAGGAUGAUUCGGGAGUUUAAACAAUAUGUUAAACUAAGAGGUGUGCUAAGACUGAAAUGCAUUGGUUAAGCUGCACUGUUCUCCCAGCAAGAAAUACUGCUAAAGUGUUUAUAAAGGUGAAAACGUAGCGGCUCGGAAAAAUACUCAUGGAGUUGAAACGUCAACGAGGAACUUACAACAGAUGCUACUUACAGGAGCAGCCGCAGAGGAUUAAAAGAGUACCAACGGCCUGGGAAAGGGAGGACCCCUGCUGACAUCUCAUUGUGAAAAUACCAAUAAGGUUGGGAUUACUACCAGCUUUGGAGCUCGUGCUGUGGACCUGUUUUUUGUCCCCCUCGAAGUGGUGGAUCCUCUGCUGAUUUUGAGCUACUCCUUUUGCUGUACAGUGCACAUGGGGAUGAAGCAUCCUGUGCAGCGACCCUGAACUGUCCUUGCCUGUAGGACGCAGUGACCAUGCUGACCGAGUGUCCAACACCAGGAAGAUCAGAGCCCAGACCCAAGCUAAAGCCUGCUGUAAUCUCUGCAGCACCAUGUCUCAAGAAGUCCCUGCUCCGCCCGAGGCCAACAGCUCGCUGUCAGGGGAAGCGCCUGAGCUUCAGCUGAAAUGGGCCGCCCUGCUUAUUGUCAUGGUCAUCAUCCCCACUAUUGGAGGAAACAUCCUGGUCAUUCUUGCCGUGUCACUUGAGAGAAAACUUCAGAACGCCACAAACUACUUUCUGAUGUCGCUUGCCGUGGCUGAUCUGUUGGUGGGACUCCUAGUGAUGCCCAUUGCCCUCGUCACCGUUCUCUACAACUCCGGCUGGCCUCUUCCAGAGCCCCUCUGCCCCAUUUGGCUGUUCCUCGAUGUGCUGUUUUCUACUGCAUCCAUCAUGCACCUAUGCGCCAUUUCACUGGAUCGCUACAUUGCCAUCAAGAAGCCAAUCCAACACAGCCAAUACAAAUCCAGAGCCAAAGCGAUGGUGAAAAUUGCACUGGUGUGGCUCAUAUCCAUUGGUAUCGCAAUCCCAAUUCCGAUAAAGGGGCUUAGGAACAAUCAUCUUCCCAACAACAUCACCUUCAACAGUAACCACACAUGCCUUUUGAAAACGGACACCUUUCGGGAAUUUAUCAUGUUUGGCUCCUUGGUGGCAUUCUUCAUCCCUCUGACUAUCAUGAUGGUCAUCUACCUACUAACUGUCCAGGUGUUACGCAAAAAGGUGUAUCUGCUCAAGUCAAGGGUGUCUCAGCGCUUUAGCUACCUGGCAAUCUCCACAGUUUUUCAAAGAGAACAAGCUCUAACGCCAACGCAAGUUGAGCAACCCAACAUGCUGGACAGCAGACUUCCCAGGAUACAAGAACGAACAUUUGCAGGCACGUCAAACUCUCCAACAGCAGAUGAAAUAUCCUUUCGUAGAAUGUCAACAAUGGGCAAGAAGUCAAUGCAGACUCUGAGCAAUGAGCAGCGCGCCUCCAAAGUGCUAGGCAUCGUCUUCCUCCUGUUUGUGGUCAUGUGGUGCCCUUUCUUCAUCACUAACAUCACCUCGGUAUUAUGCACCAGCUGUGACGUUCAUGUCAUUGCCCAUCUCAUGGAGAUCUUUGUUUGGGUGGGUUAUGUGUCAUCAGGCAUAAACCCGUUGGUCUACACCCUAUUCAACAAAACGUUCAGGGAAGCAUUCACGCGGUAUAUGACCUGUAAUUACGAAAACCCUGCUACUAAUGGUCCAGGAAGGCAGCCAAGGGCAUCAAAUGCAGAUCGGACCCUUACACGGAUUUCAUUCCGAUCUUCUAUGGCAGAAAACUCGAAACUUUUCAUGAAAAAUGGCAUUGGAGCCGUUGGCUACCAAAGCCCCACUGAGGUGCAGGCAAGCCCCUAUGCAGUCAGUCAAUGGUAUUGUAUUAGACACAAUGCUUCUGACUGAAAAUGAAGGUAGUAAGCAGGAGGAAAAGGUUAGCUGUGUAUAGAGAUAGACCGAGGAUUUGAACCUAAAAUGUGCACUUUAAAUCAGUGAGAUUUAUGUUGCCCACAUUGUAUCUCUUUGAAGGCUAAGUCGACAUAACUUGGCUAGGCUACCUACAACAAAUACUCAAAAUGCAUGAUUUUGAAUCUGCGGUUACUCUCAAAUUCAUUGACAAAUCAUUUAACAAAAGGGUAUUGCUGUAGAAUAAAAAAGAAGAGAUUAAACCUGUCUGCUGAUGUACAUCUGCUUCCAUCAGUAAUAUACUUUAAACAAAUAAGACAUUCAUCAUUUCAAAUACACAUAUUAAAUGCAUAAGUCAAAGUCCUAUGUUAAAUAAGGGUGUAUAUAGAUGUUCAGAAUACUUCUCAUUUAGCCUUUUAGACAGGUCAAAUUGCUGUUUAAAGACAGUUUAUAACGUACCAGAAGACAGUUUGCAUUUUAAAAUGUUAUAAAACCUUACAGGUCAACUCAAAAAGACCACAGGUAAAGAAACAAUGAUAUUAAAGGUUUAAAAGUUCAAGCCACCAGACAAAAAUGUAAGGAAUUAAAGCAUGAUAAGAUAACCUGGAAUUAUGUAUGAAUACAGUAUAAUAUAUAUAUAUAUGAGUUUUAUGAUCCUUUCAACUUGGGCUUUCUGAAUAUGCUGUAAACCAUCUCAAACCACAUGUUCAUAUUUUGUUAAGAGAAAACACAAGUCUACCUUUCAAAUCUAUUUUCCAACUGACAACAUUUGCACUGUCGAGAUAAUGUUACUUGUAUUUGCUGGACCUUUGACAAGCACUCUUGUAUAUGUAAUGCGGCCUGCUGUUUUGAUAUGUUAGGAGAUUUCCAAAUAAAAGACUGUAUAUAAUAAAGAACAACAUUUCAUAUUAAA